GGGCUGGAACAUGUACCAGAACCCUGACAGAAUGUCCUGGUUCAGUGGUCUCCUAGUUGCCAGAGUGGACGACCGCAAGACUGCGUGGGGAGAGCGCAAUGGCAAGAAAUCCAAACGGAAGGGAGGCUCAUCUCUCUGCAGCCCGCGUUACAUGAGCUGUCUGCGGGACCCAGAUGCUAUGGAACCCCCUUCCGGAGCCCCCCUCCAGCAGCACCAUCGCGGAGUGGGGGCUGGGGCCAUGGGAGGCGGGGGAAACCUCGGCGUCCGCUGUGGAUGGCAGGAGGACCACUAUGGCAAAAGAGGAGGUUGUUCUGGGGAAGGCGUGGGGCUCAAAUCUGUCGAUUUGGGCUUUGAGGAUGGGGAGUUGAAAGGGAGGAAAGGAGGGUGUAAUGGAGGAAGUGGCGACAUGGGCAACGAGGGUCCCAAUGGUGCAGGAGGGGUGAUGACGGCUGCAGACUGCUGGCUCAGGGUGGUGCGAGUGUUCCAGUCGAAAAAAUUCCAGUCUCGCAAACUGGAGCGCCUAUACCAGCGUUACUUCUUUAGGCUGAACCAGAGCUCCCUGACCAUGCUAAUGGGCGUGCUUGUGAUCGUGUGCGGCAUUAUGCUGACCUUCCACUGUGUCCACGCCACUCCUCACGUGGCCUAUUCAUCAGCCCUGUCGGUGGCCAUGGCUCUCUUCAUGGCUCUCAUGGUGGUGUGUAACCGUAACGGCUUCCACCAAGACUACAUGUGGAUGGUCAGUUACCUGGUGAUCGGAGUCUUGGUGUCGGUACAAGUGUUCGGGGUCCUCAUGGUGGCACCCAGGAGUGCUUCAGAAGGAAUCUGGUGGUCUGUGUUCUUUAUCUACAUCAUCUAUACUCUGCUGCCUGUGAGGAUGAGGGCAGCGGUCCUGAGCGGAGCGGUGCUGUCCAUCAUACACGUGGUCACAACCUGGCAGAUCAACCAGGAAGACAAAUUUCUCUGGAAACAGGUGAGCGCUAACGUUCUCAUCUUCUUGUGCACCAACAUCAUCGGCAUCUGUACCCACUACCCGGCUGAAGUUUCCCAGAGACAAGCCUUUCAGGAGACCCGAGGCUACAUCCAGGCCAGGCUUCAUCUGCAGAGGGAGAAUCAGCAGCAGGAGCGUCUGUUGCUCUCAGUGUUACCAAGGCACGUUGCCAUGGAGAUGAAGGCUGACAUCAAUGCCAAGAAGGAAGACAUGAUGUUUCAUAAGAUCUAUAUCCAGAAACACGACAACGUCAGCAUUCUCUUUGCAGACAUCGAGGGGUUUACCAGCCUGGCGUCUCAGUGCACAGCUCAGGAGCUCGUCAUGACCCUUAACGAGCUCUUUGCUCGUUUUGACAAGCUGGCGUCGGAGAACCAUUGCCUCCGGAUCAAGAUUUUGGGCGAUUGUUACUACUGUGUGUCCGGGCUGCCCGAACCCCGGGCUGACCACGCCCACUGCUGCGUGGAGAUGGGCGUCGACAUGAUCGAGGCCAUCUCAUUGGUGCGCGAGGUGACGGGGGUCAACGUUAACAUGCGCGUGGGCAUUCACAGCGGACGUGUGCACUGUGGCGUGCUGGGACUCAGGAAGUGGCAGUUUGACGUGUGGUCAAACGACGUCACGCUGGCCAAUCACAUGGAGGCGGGAGGCAAAGCGGGGCGGAUCCACAUCACCAAGGCCACGUUGCAGUACCUGAACGGGGACUAUGAGGUGGAGCCGGGCUUCGGGGGCGAGAGGAACGCAUAUCUGAAGGAGAACAGCAUCGAGACCUUCCUGGUCCUCGGCUGCAGCCAGAAACGGAAGGAGGAGAAGGCGAUGAUGGCGAAGAUGCAGCGGACGCGAGCCAACUCUAACGAGGGGCUGAUGCCACGCUGGGUCCCCGACAGAACCUUCUCCAGAACCAAAGACUCCAAAGUCUUCAGACAAAUGGGAAUCGAUGAGUCCUCCAGUAAAGACAACCGAGGGGUUCAGGAGGCCAUGAAUCCAGAGGAUGAGGUAGAUGAAUUUCUGGGGAGAGCCAUUGAUGCUCGCAGUAUUGACCAGCUCAGAAAAGACCACGUCAGGAAGUUCCUGCUCACUUUCCAGAACACGAGUCUGGAAAAAAAGUAUUCUAAGAAAGUAGAUGACCGUUUCGGCGGCUACGUUGCCUGUACUCUGCUGGUGUUCUGCUUCAUAUCGUUCAUACAGAUUGUUAUCUUUCCACACACACCAGUAAUGCUGGGAAUCUACAUCAGUAUCUUCAUCAUCCUCGCCAACAUCCUCUUCAUCUGUGCCAUAUACUCCUGCAUCAAGCUCUUUCCCGGCGCGAUGCAAACUGUCUCGAAGAAGAUUGUCCAGUCUCGCACCACCAGCACCCUGGUGGGAGUGUUCUCCAUCAUCCUGGUCUUCAUCUCUGCCUUCAUUAACAUGUUCGCCUGCGACACCACAAGCUUGUCGGAAUGCGUCGCAGAGAAGCUGAACACCUCCGCGGCCCUGGUGACGCCAUGUCUGAUCCGCAGCCUGAAUGUGUCCGUCGAAGGGGGUCUAGAGAUCUGUCCAAGCCAAGGUCCUUCCUGCCCGUUUCCUGAGUAUUUCAGCUACAGCGUGCUGCUGACGCUGCUGGCGUGCUCCGUGUUCCUGCAAAUCAGCAGCAUAGGGAAGCUGGCCCUCAUGCUGUUCAUCCAGCUCACCUUCCUGCUGCUGGUGGAGUGGCCACAAGUAGCCCUGCUGGACAACGCAGACCUCUUUGUCACCUCCAACGCCAUUGAUUUAAAUGAAACUAGCACUGAAUGGUCCAGUUUCAAUGAAACUACAAACCAGUGCCCAUUUGUUGUGACCAAAGUGUCCCUCCGGGUCAUGACUCCAGUGAUCCUCACAGUCUUUGUCCUGGCUCUGUACCUGCACGCACAGCAGGUCGAGUCCACCGCACGCCUCGACUUCCUCUGGAAGUUACAGGCCACCGAGGAGAAGGAGGAUAUGGAGGAGCUGCAGGCCUACAACCGUCGCCUCCUUCAUAACAUCCUGCCCAAGGAUGUAGCUGCUCACUUCUUGGCUCGAGAGCGGCGCAACGACGAGCUGUACUACCAGUCCUGCGAGUGUGUGGCCGUCAUGUUCGCCUCCAUCAGCAACUUCUCAGAGUUCUACGUGGAGCUGGAGGCCAACAACGAAGGAGUGGAGUGUCUCCGGCUGCUUAACGAGAUCAUCGCAGACUUUGAUGAGAUCAUCAGUGAAGAGAAGUACAGGCAGCUAGAGAAGAUCAAGACCAUUGGCUCCACGUACAUGGCGGCCUCCGGCCUUAACGACUCUACGUAUGACAAAGAGGGUCGCACUCAUAUUACUGCGCUGGCAGACUACGCCAUGAGACUGAGAGAACAGAUGAAAUACAUCAACGAGCAUUCCUUCAACAACUUCCAGAUGAAGAUAGGUCUGAACAUCGGGCCAGUGGUGGCGGGAGUUAUUGGGGCUCGGAAGCCUCAGUAUGACAUCUGGGGAAACACAGUGAACGUGGCCAGUCGCAUGGACAGCACAGGAGUACCCGACUGCAUACAGGUGACCACAGACCUCUACCAGGUGCUUGCAAACAAAGGCUACGUUCUGGAGUGUCGUGGAGUGGUUAAGGUCAAAGGUAAAGGGGAAAUGACCACCUACUUCCUGAACGACGGGCCUCCCAACAGUUAGCGGCCACGACAGCAGCGGCAGACGCCGGGACGAUGCCCUGUGGAAGGACACAGCAACGCUGAGCGAGCGCUCACAGUGCGAGCCAACAGCUAAAACAACUACAAUCGCCAUCACUUGAAUUCCAAGCAA